CACCUAGAGUUUGCUCUAUAAAUAGGAGGGGUAGAGCGACUCCGGCUUUCCUAAUAUUCGUCACCUAGGGUUUUAUCAGCCUCUACAGUUGUCAGGAUCCGAAGGUCGUGGGUAUCUCUUGUUGUUUCAAGUUCUAGAGAAGAUUUCGGUUUUCUCCAGAAAAAAAAUCGUUCUUUUUUGUGUCAUUGCUUUAUUGGAUCUGUAAAGGCAUAUCAGGUCUGAAAAGUUUUCAUCGCUAGGAAAAAUGCCUCGAUAUGAUGACCGCCAUGGUAGCACGCGUCUCUAUGUGGGUCGUUUGUCUUCUCGGGUACGAUCACGUGACUUGGAAGAUCUGUUCAGCAGAUAUGGAAGAGUACGCGAUGUGGAUUUGAAGCGCGAUUUUGCCUUCGUUGAAUUCAGUGAUCCGCGAGAUGCUGAUGAUGCAAGAUAUGACUUAAAUGGUCGGGAAUUUAGUGGAAGCCGAAUCAUAGUUGAAUUUGCUAAGGGGGGACCACGAGGUGCUGGUGGAUCUCGUGAGUAUCUUGGUAGGGGUCCUCCUCCUGGAUCAGGGCGCUGCUUCAAUUGUGGACUUGAUGGGCACUGGGCUCGAGAUUGCAAAGCUGGUGACUGGAAAAACAAGUGUUAUCGCUGUGGUGAACGUGGCCAUAUUGAAAGAAAUUGUCAGAAUAGCCCAAAGAAAUUGAAACGUGGACGUAGUUACUCUAGAUCACCAUCUCCUCGCCAUGGCCGAAGUCGGAGCCCUAGUUAUAGCAGGAGUCGUAGUUACAGUCGUUCCAGAUCACCACCAAAGAGAGAGCGGAGUGUUGAACGUCUGGAGAGAAGAUCAAGGAGUCCUCGUGACAGCAGAAGGAGCCCCCGUGACAGUAGGAGCCCCAAACGACACAAACUGUCACCACCUCCAGCCAAAGGCAGGAAGAGGAGUCUGACUCCUGAUGGCAGAAGCCCACAGGAGAGAGGGAGCCUGUCCCCAAGGGACCGCAGGCAUGCCAAUGGGUCAGAUUAUAGUGGGAGCCCAAGGGGAAAGAGUAGAAGCCCAAUGGACGAUGGUAAUAGAGAGAAUGGCCACAGUCGCAGCCCUAGUCCCAUUCCUAGGGAAGAACAGAGCCCAAUUGAUGAUGAUGAUAACCAUGGCUCUCCUAGGGGCAGUGAAUCGGCUUGAAAGCACACUUUAAGUUAGACCCCUUAGAACUUUGCAAGAAAAUUUGGAGUCUUGUGAUUUAUUUUUGGAACAAUGAGGCCAGAGACUUGGAACAAUUGUUUGGUUUGCUUUUCUUUUGCACUUAGAUGACAUCUCGUUUUGAUUAUCUGAUAUGUUGACGCAUUUAUUAAGUGGAAUGAGUUUCUGAUUGUAGUA